AUGAGUACCAACAUCAGUAAUAAUAACAAUACUACAAAUAAUAAUAAUAACAUUACUAAUAAUAACAAUGAUAGCCCGGAGCCCAGCCGUCCCGAGGCUACCUGCCUCCCUGCUGGCCGGUAUGAGUUCAAAGAUUCCGGUCUGUAUAUCGGUGAAUGGUUGAACGAAAAAGCCGUCGGUUUGGGUUUGAUCACCAAGGACAAAUGUCAAGGUGAAUACACCGGUCUGUGGGAUGCGGGGAUGGAGAAAAGCGGAGUGUUUCUGUGGCCAAAUGCUCCCGGUGCCAUGUAUGAGGGGGAAUGGGCACACAACAGACGGAACGGUCACGGAGUAUUCACUCGUGAGGACUGGGUCAUAAUGGGCAAAUUUGAUGAGGACUUCAUCUCACUCGGAAUCAAGUGUAAAGAGAAUUCAAUCGGCCGUUUCGAGGGCGAGUUCGAGAACGGAUUUCCCAGUUUUGGAGUUGAAACCUAUGCGGAUGGAGGUAGUUACGCUGGAGAGUACAAGAACGGUAUCCGUGAGGGUCUUGGCGUACGAACAUCCAUUCCAUAUGGCGAAGUGAUCAACUUCUUUCCAGAAGAAGCUGCCUUAGCUGCGGAACUGCUCCUACAGGCUAAACGUGAAGCAGCCAAUCGAGCGGCAGAACUUACUCGUGACGGACGCCGGGGCAGUUUACUCAGUCAACGAUCCGGUGAUGUGGCUGAACUGGAAAACGCGGACGACGAGAACCCCGGCACGGAUGAAGAUGAGCCCUAUCUCACUCGGAAACUGAAUCAAACUCAGGCCGCAGCGAAUAGCACUACGCCCGCGAUCACUGGCGGACUGCGAGAUCUUCGUAUGUCUAGCAAGUUCAAAUGCGGUUUUGUGCUAUCCUCGCAACGCAGUGAACUGGUGCUUCGACGGCAAAACAAGUUAGUAGGCAAUGCACCACCUGCGGCGGGGACUGGUCGAAAGUCACGUGAGGCCGGUGCACGAUCGGGGCGUACCAGGGCAAGGUCACUAACGAAUUUGUUUGGGCGAAGUAGCAGCCGCGAAUCCAUCCCUCGGAUGAAGCGUCAAGGAAGUGCAAAUGACCGAUCUAAUUUAACUACCUACAAACCCAUUCAAUCGGAAUCGGUGUUCACUUUAGAUCAGGAUGACGCAAUCGAUCCGGAAACUGUAGAAACGUUUGCCGGACAGUGGGAAUCGGACACACGACACGGUUAUGGUGUGUGUGAACGAUCGGAUGGUGUGACCUAUGAGGGACAGUGGUUGAAAAAUCAACGCCAUGGAUUCGGUCAAACGCGAUUUCAAGAUGGCACGUGUGAACAAGGCCGAUAUCAGUACGGAAAGCUGGUAUUCCUGUCGUGGUCCAAAGGAACUAAACCGCACUUACUACUGUACAAUUAUCAUAUCAUGCGUGAGGUGGCCGCCUCGGUGAAACGCGCUCGUGUAAUCGCGGAACAGGCCCGAAUGCGUGCCGCGGAGGCACGGGAAAAUUUGGAAAACGUGCAUGCCGCGGUGGAGCGAUCAAAGCAGGCGGCCGAACUGGCUCGAGACUAUUCGCUUGAGACCCGCGAAUUGGUAAAAGAGAUGUACCCGGAUUUCGAACAACCUGGAAUAAAGUAUCUAGACGAUAUGGUUCGUUUGAUGCGCGCUACGAGACGCGGGAACAAGGCGUUCGAAUCCGCGCUGGAUGCUGCUCUGGAAGUGAUUGCUGGUGUGGACAAAGCGCACGAGUUAGAAGCUGCCGAGAAAGCCCGACAGGCCGAACAGGCUGCUGUUCCAUUUGCGGAUGAACUUGAUGGCCGGUCAAGUCUAACCCUAGAUACCGGACCCGGAAGUCCCCAUUCCCGAGUCGGAUCGUACCGGUCAAGAAGGCGGUCGCGCAGGUCACGAAGUUCAAGAAAUAAGGCUGACAAUAUGCGUCAUCCUCAUCGAGACAAACAUGUAUGUUGA